UCGGGUUUCCCCUCGACUCUUUCCGCGCACCCAACCAAAUCCCCGCCCCACUUUAUUCCUGCGUUGUUUGGGGACAGUAGGAAGAUGGCGGCGGCCCCGCUGUACUGUGUCUGCCGGCAGUCUUACGAUGUGAGCCGGUUUAUGAUCGAAUGCGACCUCUGUAACGACUGGUUUCAUGGCAGCUGUGUCCAGGUGGAGGAGCACCAUGCGGUGGAUAUUGACGUUUACCACUGUCCUAACUGUGAACCCCAACACGGACCCUCCUUGAUGAAAAAGCGCAACAACUGGCACAGGCAUGACUACACCGAGCAGGACGAUGGCACCAAGCCAGUGCAGGCUGGCACCUCUGUGUUUGUCAAGGAACUCCAGAACAGGACCUUUGCCAGUGGGGAUGAGAUCCUGCAGUGGAUGCCUGGGGAGCAGGUGACCCAGAGGUACCUGGAAAGUCACGGCUGGCAGUACCCCAUCGCUGUGUCCAACAUAGAGGGACUGGGACUCAGGCUGCCUCAACCAUCCUUCUCUGUCAAAGAUGUGGAGCAAGUUGUCGGCGGUGACAAAGUCAUUGACGUCAUCGACGUGGCCAGGCAAGCAGACAGCAAGAUGAAGCUGAAAGAGUUUAUUAAGUAUUACUACAAGCCUCAUCGGCCCAAGGUGCUCAACGUUAUCAGCCUGGAGUUCUCUGAUACCAAGAUGGCAGAUCAGGUGGUGGUACCUGACGUAGCUCAGAACAUGUCCUGGGUGGAGAACUACUGGCCAGAUGACUCCUUCUUCCCCAAGCCCUUUGUCCAGAAGUACUGCCUCAUGGGGGUUAAGAACAGCUACACUGACUUCCACAUCGACUUCGGCGGCACCUCUGUGUGGUACCACGUUCUCUGGGGUGAGAAGAUAUUCUACAUGAUCAAGCCAACCCAGGCCAACCUUGCACUAUACGAGGUGUGGAGCUCCUCCCCCAACCAGAGUGAGGUGUUCUUCGGGGACAAGGUGGACAAGUGCUACAAGUGUGUCGUGCAGCAAGGAACCACGCUGCUCAUCCCCACAGGAUGGAUCCAUGCCGUCCUCACCUCUCAGGAUUGCAUGGCGUUCGGAGGCAACUUCCUCCACAACCUCAACAUUGGCAUGCAGCUCAGGUGUUACGAGAUGGAGCGUCGUCUGAAGACUCCAGACCUCUUCAAGUUUCCCUACUUUGAGGCUAUCUGCUGGUAUGUGGCCAAGAACCUGCUGGAGACCCUGAAAGAGUUGCGAGAAGACAACUGCCCGCCCCAGACCUACCUAGUGGAGGGAGUGAAAUCUUUAAUCAGUCCACUGAAAACCUGGCUGAAGAGAGAGGUUACGGAGCCCACCAGCGAGGUCCCGGACCAUAUCAGGCCCAACCGUCUCAUUAAAGAGCUGACCAAGGAAAUCCGCUACCUGGAGGAAGACCAGGGCAGCAGUGGUGGCACCAACAAGCCAGUGAAAUCUCAGGGAAGCGGUGGAGGCCAGUGUCUGGCCACGCGCUCCACGCUGGAGAGGGUGUGCCCGGCCCGUCAGGCACGGCGGGCAGCCCGGAGGCUCCGGGAGCAGCAGGAGCAGGGCCCUAAGGUUCCCUCUAACCUGGAGAUCCUGGAGCUGCACACCAGAGAGGUGCUCAGGAGGCUGGAGGUGGGCCCUCUGGAGGAGGACCCUACCUUCUGUCCCCCGGUGCAUGGGAAGUUCAACAUGGUGUCCACCGCCUCUGCCGCUGCUGCUGAAAACCCAGACACACACCUGCGUCUCACGCUGCACAACGGACGGAUCAUCCGAGACGCGAGGAGACCAGGUAGUAGCACGGCUAGCAGCCCAGUGAAGGCGGGGAGUGAGAGGUCGUCCGUGGGCCAGCUGAAGAGCAGAGAGGAGAUGAAGACGGAGUCAGACCAGGAACGGCAGCACAGCGCUAUGGGAGGAGAGGAGGAACCAGGACACCUCAGGGGUAUUGAGAGGGUUAAGACUGAACUCAGGGAAGAAGCCUCAGGACACUCCGAUGUGUCGGACAUGGACUCGGACAGUGAUUCCAACACACAGCAAAACACCUCUUCUGAGGAAGAUUCAGGAAGCUCCCAGAGUGAUGAUGAUGAUGAUGAUGAGGAGAGGGGCUCAUCCCAGAGGGCUGCGGGGCACACCAUAGAGCUGGACCAAACAGACCUGAACCUCCGGCACAAACACAAGCCACUCAAAAGAGAACGUCCUACCUCACCCAGCACAGAGGAGGCCAUUCAAGGCAUGCUGUCCAUGGCUGGCCUGCUGUGCCCCUCCAAGUCAGACGAGGCCCCCACUUCCCAGGAGCCGUGGUGGUCCAGCCCGAGCCAAGGCUCGCCGGAGCGCCGAGAGCAGCACCAGCGUCGUGUGGCGGGGGACAAGAGCCCCAUGGACAGCCAGGGCAACAGCAGCAGCGAGGCCUGGGACAAUCGGGGGCCCCUCUCCCUUGGGGCCCUGAGCCAAGACGCCAGCCCAGAGGCCGACAACUACCAGUACUGUGAUCCCUCAAUGUCUCCCCCUCUACACCCCUCCAAAAGACACGCCUCCAACUCCCCUCCCGUCAGCAACCAGGCCACGAAAGGCAAGCGGCCCAAGAAAGGAAUGGCCACGGCCAAGCAGAGACUGGGGAAGAUUCUGAAGAUGAACCGACACAAUGGCGUCUUUGUAUAGAGCUCUGAGGGCCACAGGCAAAGCUAAAGGAGGGGAACAGACCCCUGUCCUCACAUCCAGAUUAUUCUGUACAUUUAGUCGACACCUUUUUGUCCUGGAGAAAUCACUGCCUGGGGAAAGGGCCCAUCUGAGAGACUUGUUGUUGUCAGACACACAAACGAACAGGCUUACUGUGCAUGCUUAGGACCACAGGGUAUUGGAUUCACAUGAGCAAGCUACCAAUCAAGCGCACAGCUUCACUGCAAGCACUCUAAAACGUAAUGGAGAAGAAGGGGGGGAAAAGCAUGUUGAUUACUCAACUUCAGGGAAACUUAGAGAGUUCCAGUGGGCAUUAACGUGCCGUGGGGAAGUGUUAGAUGUCUGGAUGAGGUAGGAAUGAGGUCUACAGUACAUCGCAACAUUGAA